AUUUGUUCAUACUCUAGCAUUAAUUGCUAAAUUAGUUUGUAUUUAGUUAACUUAGGUAGUUGUAGUUAGCGGAAGCAACGCUGGCAACCUGCUGAUGCAAACUAUUAGCAUGUAUGCUACCAAACCCGUUCCAGGGAGCGUUUCACAAAGUGAAAGCGUUUUGUAACUUUGCUCCUACUGGCAUUAAAGCAUCAUGGACUGGAAUCCCUCAGUUGCACAAGUCGGUCUGUUGGUCACCAGCUCAGCCCUGACCGGCAUCUUCUACACGGUGUACAGAAGUCGAGCAGCAACAGUGACCAGAUUGAAGGAAGCCAAGAAAGUUCCCAUUGACCAGGAUUUAAAAACCAUCUUGUCUGAAACACCUGGAAGAUGUUUCCCUUAUGCCGUUGUGGAGGGUGUUGUGAAGUCCGUGAAGGAAACUCUUAACAGCCAAUUUCUUGACAAUUGCAAAGGUGUCAUUGAGAGACUGACUUUGAAGGAGGAAAAAAUGGUGUGGAACCGCACCACUCACCUUUGGAACAACACUGAGAAAGUCAUCCACCAGCGCACCAAUACAGUGCCGUUUGCACUCAGCCCUCACGAUGACGACAUCACUGCCACAGUACUCAUCAUGCGACCGCUUGAAGCCACAGAGUUGAACCUGGAGACCACAUAUGAGAACUUUCACCCUGCGGUACAGUCCCUGUCCAGCGCUAUCGGCAACUUCAUAAGUGGUGAGCGACCUAAAGGCAUUCAUGAAAUGGAGGAGAUGUUGCGUGUAGGCGACAGCGUCACAGGCGUAGGCGAGUUGGUGCUGGAUAACAACAUCAUUAAGCUUCAGCCUCCCAAGCAAGGCUUCUCCUACUUCCUCACACGCCUGGACUAUGAUACCCUCCUGAGGAAGCAGGAGAGAGACGUCAGACUGUGGAGGAUUCUGACUGUGGUCUUUGGGAUUGCUGCCUGUUCCGCCUUCUUCUACAUCCUGUGGAAGCAGUAUGCACACCACAGACAGAGAAGGCGCGUGAGGCGCAUGCUUGAAGAGUUCCAGGAGCAAGAGAAGAAACACAUGGAAGACCAGAAUUCGGAGGAAAGCAGUGUGCAGGCCAGUAGGUGCACAGUGUGCCUUUGCCAGAAGCGCUCAUGUGUCUUUCUAGAGUGUGGUCACGUGUGCACAUGCACGCGGUGCUAUGAAGCUCUGCCAGAGCCAAAGAAAUGUCCCAUCUGCAGGGCAACUAUAGCCAGGAUGGUGCUCAUCUACAACAUCUAAAUGAUAAACACAGGCACAUUUGCGUCGCACUGAUCUUAACACUUAGGAUGACAGGGAUAGACAUAUUAAGGAUAGCAAUUUGACAAAAUUUCUUCUGGCUAAAUAUGGGAAUCUGGCUCAUCUAUACAUAGCUAAUGUGUUCUUCAGACUGUAAACUAGUUCAGACACAACAGUGCCUCUGCUAGUUGCAGUCAAGUGCACCCGGUUUUGCCUCAUUUCUGUUAGAUACGGUUACUGUCAUUAUGGUGGAACGGUGUUUCAUAAAUGAAUCCCAUCAAUUCCAUAAAAUUAUAAUAUUACUAUGACAAACUUUGCAUAUCUUAGCCAAUCAGAAUGGUGGACUCUAACACCCCCUCACUGGACAAAGCCAAAACAAUGCAAACAUUGUGUAUAUUGUCUUUUCUGUUCAUAACCAUGUUUCAAAUAAAGACAUUUAGAUCUUU